CUAUUUAGAAUUUAGUUGCUAACAUUUAGUAUUGCGCUUUUGAACAAUGCAUUUUUUGCGCUUUACUUUUUUGUUUUUAUUAUGUGCUUUGGUGGAUUCCCAUUCGCCACUAACGGAAAAGAAGUCAGAAAAUGGCCUAAAGGUUAAAUCCUUGUGCGAAACAAGUGAAACCAUCAUUGACAAUUUGCAGAACCAGAUAACUCAAGAAACGGUCAUAAGGCUAUCUUUACUGAAACAUGUGUAUUCACUGGUCAACGACAUGAUUAGUUUGAAAAAUGAAAUGGCUGUCAUGAAAAACGACGCAGAAGAAAUAAGAAAAAGCACAGAGGAUCUUCGGCAUGAAGAUAAAAAAAUGUUGAAUGAAAUAGAACAGAUGAAACAUGACCAGAACGAUACAAUUGAAAGGAUAAUGAAUGUGCAGCAUGAGCAUAAUAAAAUGUUAAGUGAAAUAGAACAGCAUAUGACAAUUAACCAUAACGACACCUCGGAAAGGAUAGUGAACGUGCAGCAUGAAUAUAAAACAAAGUUGAGUGAAAUAGAAGAGAGAAUGAAAUAUAACCAUAAUGAUACAUCGGAAAAGAUGGUGAAUAUGCAGCAUGAAUAUAAAACAAAGUUGAGUGAAAUAGAACAGAGGAUGAAAAUUAAUUAUAAUGACACAUCGGAAAGGAUUGUGAAUGUGCAGCAUGAAUAUAAAACAAUGUUGAGUGAAAUAGAAGAGAGGAUAAACUAUAACUAUAAGGCCACAUCUGAAAGAAUAGUAAACGUACAGAAUGACCUCGUGAACGUCAAUAAUUCUGUAGGUUUUCUUUGUAAUUAUACCGACAAAAUCGAUGAUAAGAACGGUAUCCAAGACUGCUUAGAAUCAAGCCACUGUUGGUUGCUGUAUAGUUUUGGUUAUGACAAUAGCUGGAAUGGAUGUGAAGGUGGAAGCCAGUACGUAAAGAAGACAAACUAUUCUUCUGCCCCUUAUCUUGGUGUGAUGACAUGUAAUUCGACAAGAUACAAGCUGUUUUUGAGUAAAACAGUUACCGGCACAUACUAUAACAUUGCUGAUACCGGUGGUAAUGGACAGGAUCACUGUGAACUUUUGGGGACUGCCCAGGAUGGUGUAUUGCCUAGAGACUACGUAAGUUCACCAAACACACAAGGUUUCUAUCGAAGUGGAAGGGGAGACACAUUCUUGUAUGGAACAAUAGGAUAUAUACCACAGCGGACAAGUAAAUGGUAUGAAAAAUGGAUCGAAUGUGGUGUCAGCAUACCGGGAAGUGACAGGGUCAUACCAAAGUAA